UCCGGCAGGUUCAAACGUUCUCUUGAAUUUGAAAAAAAACAAAUUACCAGUUCAUACCAGAGAAUAGUCAGCAAAACAAUAAAAAACAGAGUGAGUGACAAGACGGCAACAGUGGAAGGGAAUUCCACCAUUAAAUUGGCUUGUGGGUUUCUUAAUUGUUGUGCUCAGAAGCAUGGUUUUGUAAUGGGAAUGUGUUCAUAGUUUUCUCAGCCAAUUUGGUCCAGUUUUUGGUACUGUUCUGGGGACUUUGGAAUCCUGGGUAGAAGAAGGGUUUAAGGAUCAACUUGGAAAUUGGUUUUUUUGGGUUUAAGGCUUGAGUUUUGGGAAAUGCAUGCUGCAGAAUUCUGUGAAGAUUUUGUUUGUAGUACUGUUGCAGAGGAUUAGGCUUUGGUUUUAGGAAGCCUUUUACUAGAAGUUCAAUUCGGAUUCAUAUUGCAGGAAGCAAUUCUUCCUAUUCCUAUAAGAAGUAACCAAAGAAAUCGAGUUUAGCAAUCCAUUUGUCCAAAUAUGACUGAAAUAGAAGCUAUAAAUGCAGUUAUAAGUACUCAAGGCUUUUCCAAAAGCAUGCUAACUGGAGAAGAUGAAAGUCACAAAAUGGAAAAGGAAACAUUUCUGCAUGGCAUAUCAUCUGAUGAUCGAGUCACUCAGCAGUCCUCUAACAUAGGCAAUCUUGGGAAGGAGAACUUGGUUUUUGAUGCAAAUAAAGAAGAAACUACAAAAGGAGAAAUGUUGGAAGAGUGUUUUGAAUCUGAAGAGACUUCAAAGAAAAAAGAAGCUAAAGAAGCAAGAGCUGCAGAAUCUAGUGGCCAUGCAAAUGGAGAAUUACAUGAUGAACAACAGGAGAAAUCUAAAGUAAUUGCUGACAAGUUGUAUGAAUCCAAACUGAAAAAGGAGAAUAAUUUAAUUGACAAGCAAAACAGGUUGCCAUCCUACCAACGUUUGACACAUUCCAGAUCUUUGAAAACUGGCAAUAGUUUACUUGGAAAGAGUGACAAUAUGACUUGUCAGAGCCAAAAUUCAAGGCUUCCAAAGAGUUCAGUCAUAACAACAAAGAGUUCAAUACAAAGUGGCAAGGACAGAGUUUUAGCAUUUACAAAUAAAGGAAGCAGAGCUGAGGUUGAGAAUGUUGAAGUCACAUCAGCUACAUCAAAGAGUCCACUUCAUAAUAAAAUUAGCCUCGGAUCUACGAAGCAAAAUCACACUGUUCCACAACCUUUUACACUAGCUACUGAUAAAAGGGCUUCGUUUGGAUCACAACAAACUGGCGGUGAAGCAGCUCAGAAGCAUUUUAGGCGUGCUAGUACAAGUAAUGUGCCAUCCCCAGCGGCUGGGAAAAAGCAGUUGACUGCAAAAUCUGGUUCAGGAGUUUCAGAAACCAAAAUUUCCCAUUCUAUUGUACACAAGCCUCCAACAUCAACUGAAGCCUCUAAAAGCAGAACAAACAUCGUUGCUGCUUCCACUGUGACCGUAUCUAGAUGUAAUGAACGAGCUCAGAAGCGAAAAGAGUUUAAUGCAAAAUUAGAGGAAAAACUCCAUGCAAAGGAAGAAGAAAAGCGGCAAUUACAAGCCAAGACAAAGGAACAGCAGGAAGAGCAGUUGAAGAAGAUGAGGAGAAGUCUCUCAUUCAAGGCAAAUCCCGUUCCAGAUUUCUAUCAUGAAGCAAUACCACCAAAACUUGAGUCAAAGAAGAUACCUCCAACUCAUGCAAAAUCACCAAAUUUGGGGCAAAGGAAGAACUCUAUUGGUUUCGAACCUCAAGACAAUCAUAAUGAACAUGGUGUAGAGCACACAAAUGGGGAUCAUGUGCGCAAGACUCACUCCAAAGUCAGUUCAGCUGUAAAGAAGACUAUGCCAAAUGUGUCAACCAAAACACCGACAGCAUCUUCCAAGAAGAAGUCCAUCAGCAGAGAGCUCAUUACUCCAAAGCAAGAAACUUUAGGAAUGCCAGAAAAUGGAUAUUCCCAUGCAUCAACUGAGAUCGGGAAUGUUAUCACAGGUGUGGUAUUGCACAGUUCUGAAAGUCCAACUAAUGAGGAAAAAAGGUUACAACAAGGUGAUUAUGUUAAACAGGAAAAUGAGGUUGAGCCUUUAAACAGACAAAGCAUGAUGUUGGAUUCCAAUAUUGAAAUUGACUUGACUUUGAAAUCAGAGAAUCAUGUUGCUGUUGAUGAGAUAGCUGCAUUAAUAGAAAAUCUGCAGGUUUCAGUUGAUUCCAAGUGAAUACCAUCCAAAGCAAAUUCCUCUACAAUUCUUAGUUGCUGGUGAAUAUGUCUUGCUGGUGCCACUGCCAUUUUAACCAGCCCAAUUAUGCCUAUUCUUGUGAUCAAGGUUCAAUGGGAGCUGCGCCAACAAAAAAAAUAAACAUGGUUGAUGAUUAUUGAAUGUUUGGUGGUGAUUAGAAUAUCCAUUGCAUUCCAAUCUUUGUUGCUACAGAUUAGCAGUAUUUAAAUGUAACUAGGUUACUAGAUGCAUUUGACUCCUAGUAUUGUUCAAACACUACUUCAUUGCUAAUGUUAAAGAGUAGCAAGCAAUAUCAAAUGGUAUUCAAACUG